GAAAUUCUGCGAAAUUCUAGAAAGUGUUUGGUGUUUGCCGUGUUUGUGCGUGUUUAACGUGUUAAAUUAUCAUUAUCAUACACAACGUCAUAACAUUAUAUGUAACGAAGUAACGAACAAAACGAACGCAUGAGAGUUUUAUCAAACAAUUUGCAAUUUGUGUUUAAUAAUAAAAUCAUUGAUAAUAUUAUAUAUAAAUAAAUCAGUCAGCCAAAAAAUUAAAAAAAAAAAAAGAUGGAAAAAAGAGGAAAAGACAAAUCUGAGCAACAACUUUCAGAUCGAAUGCAUGAUCUACAAGUUGAUGGACCAAGAGGUAGAGGUAGAGGUAGAGGAAAAGCAUUUGGACGUGAUCAAAGAGGUCCUCCUGGGAAUGAUGAUAGACCAGGUCCUAGAGAUCAACGAGGACAACGAUUUUCUAGAAAUGAUCAUAGAGGCAAUGAUAGAGAAGAUCGUAGAGAAGAUCGUAGACCACCAUCAUCAUCUCAAGAACAACGUCCACAACAGACAAAUGCACCAAUGAAACAAUCUGAAAGUUCAUCAGGUUCAACAAGUGCCUGGGGUCAACGAGGACAACAACAAUCAUCUCAACAGGGACCGCCUCCUGGUAUGAAAGCUCCAUCUUCAGCUCCAUCUUUUUGGGGACCAAAAAAAGAUGAGCAAACAAUUGGGCAACAAAAAAGUGAUGCAACACCACCACCACCUGGUUUUACAAGACCAGCUUCAUCACCUGCUAAUAAGCAACAACAGCAGCAACAAAUUGCUUCAACAACACGUUCUGAUUUAAAUCCAGCAACAAGUCGUGGUGGUCAAAGUCAAAGUCAAGGCCAACAACAACAACAACAACAACAACAACGACAACAACAACAAUUGUCUGUUACAAGUAUUGAUGCUAAAAAAAUGCCUGAAAAAGAAAAAAAUCGAUUACUUGAUUUAAUACCAGUGCGUAAAAAUCCAAACAAAGCUGGAACUCUUGGUAGAAAAAUACGUGUUAGAACAAACAUGAUGGAAAUAACAUUUAAUAAAAAUUUUAAAUUAAAUGCAACACAUUAUGAUAUUAAAUUUGAUCCGGAUAAGCCAAAAUUUUUAAAACGUUUGGCAUUUAAUGCAAUGAGACAAUGUAAUUUUCCAAAUAAUUGGCCAGCAUUUGAUGGACGUGCAAAUGUUUAUUCAGCUGGUGAUUUACCAUUUGGUCACAGUAUAACAUCAGAAGUUGAAGUUAUUGUUGAUAAUGAAAGUCAAGAAAGAAGAAAUGUCAAAGUAACAUUAACAAAAGCAAAUGUCAUUGAUAUAUCAUGGUUUAAAAAUAUUGCACCAGGAAUGAAAGAACAUGAAAAAAAUUUCUCAUCAAUGCAAGUACUUGAUGUUGUACUUCGUUGUGCAUCAUAUGACAGAGCAAUUAUGGUUGGACGUUCAUUUUAUCAACGUCCAAAUAAUCCAGUUGAUCUUGGUACAGGUAUGGAAUUAUGGACUGGUUUAUUUCAAUCAGCUGUACUUGGUUGGAAGCCAUAUUUUAAUGUUGAUGUUGCACAUAAAAGUUUUCCAAAACCACAACCAGUAUUACAAGCAAUAAAAGAUGUAUGUUCAACAUAUCGUGAUCCUUGUAAUACAGUAACAGCAGAUGUUAUUGAAAGAAAUAUUGAUAAAAUUAAUUCAUAUUUGAGAAUGUUAAAGGUAACAUAUCAAUUACCAAAUAAACCAACAACAAAACGUACAGUUGGUAUAAAUGGUCUUGAUAAACCACCUGCAAAAGCAAUAUUUAAAAUGGCAAAUGGUCAAGAAACAGAUGUAUUAACUUAUUUUUCUGGUGCUAAAAAUUAUAAAAUUAAAUAUCCAGAUUUGCCAUUAUUAUGGGUUGGUUCAAGAACAAAAAAUCCUCAUAUACUUGUACCACUUGAAUUAUGUACAAUUGCAUCUGGUAAUGUUACUAAUCGUAAACUUGAUGAACAACAAACAUCAGCUAUGAUUAAACAAGCAGCAACACCACCAGCAAUUAGAGAAAAUAAAAUAAUGGAAGCAUUUAAUAAUAUGAAUUUUAAUACAAAUAAAACAAUGCAAGAAUUUGGAAUAAAUGUCAGUGGUAAAUUUACUGAAGUUGAUGCACGUGUAUUAGAAGCACCAGGUUUACAUGAUGAAAAACCAAUAAGAGUUAAUAAAGGUGUUUGGAAUGCAAAUAAAUUUUAUAAAACACCAAAUAUACCAGAUAAAAGUUGGACAAUAUUAAAUUUAAGUCGUGUUGAUGAACGUGUAUUAAUGGAAUUUGUUAAUGAAUUAAAACGUAAUAGUAAUGGUAUGCAAAUUGGUGAACCAGAUAAACCAUUUAAAUCGCUACAAUUACGUGGUAAUGAUUUACGUCCACUUAUUGGUUAUUUACAAGAUAUGAAACAACGUGGUUUAAAAUUAAUUGUUGUUGUUAUACCAUCACGUAUGGCUGAUGUAUAUCCAAAAGUUAAACAAGUUGCUGAAUUAAAAGUUGGCAUAUUAACACAAUGCAUUAAAGAUUUUACAAUUGAACGUAAAAUGAAUAAAAUGACAGCUGGUAAUAUAUUACUAAAAUUAAAUUCAAAAUUAAAUGGUAUUAAUCAUAUAUUUGCACCAGCUGAUAAACCAGAUUGUUUAAAAACACCAUGUAUGUUUAUUGGUGCUGAUGUUACUCAUCCAUCACCAGAUGCAACAGAUAUACCAUCAAUUGCUGCUGUUGCUGCUAGUUUUGAUCCAACAGCAUUUAAAUAUAAUGUUACAAUUAAACUUCAACCACCACGUCAAGAAGUUAUAUCUGAUUUAACUGAAAUAAUAUAUAAUCAAUUGUCACGUUUUAUGGAAAUGAAUAAACAACGUAAACCAGAUAAAAUAAUAUAUUAUCGUGAUGGUGUUAGUGAGGGACAAUUUCCUCAAAUAAUGCAUUAUGAAUUAACAGCAAUUAGAAAUGCAUGUGUUAAAAUUGGAUUACCAGAAAAAUAUGAACCAAAAAUUACAUUUUUAGUUGUUCAAAAACGUCAUCAUAUACGUCUAUUUCCAACAGAUAAAAGAAAUUCUGAUGAUCGUGCUGGUAAUGUACAAGCUGGUACAAUUGUUGAUACACAAAUAACUCAUCCAUCACAUAUUGAUUUUUAUCUUGUAUCACAUGCAAGUAUUCAAGGAACUGCUAAACCAACAAAAUAUCGUUGUCUUUGGGAUGACAAUGACAUGACUGAGGAUCAAAUUGAAAAACUUACAUAUUAUUUAUGUCACAUGUUUUCACGUUGUACACGUUCAGUGAGUUAUCCUGCACCAACUUAUUAUGCUCAUCUUGCUGCUUUUCGUGCUCGUGCACUUACUCACAAUGUUCAUAUUAAACUGAACGAUUUGCCAUCUGAGCAAAGAAACAAAUUGACUCUUUGCCAAGAUUUUCAUUCAAAUAAUCCAAUGUUUUUUGUUUAAAUAUAUUAUUAACAAUUGAUUUUAUCUAAAAAAAAUAUUUAUCUAUUAACAAAAACAACAUAAUUCAUAAUACAUUUUUUUUCAAUGUCAAGUUGUUUAUUCAAGAUUCCUGGUAAAAAUGUAUAAAUUAUCUUGAUACUUAUUGAGUCUUUUAUACGCUGAUGAUGAAAAAAUUUUCUUUUCUUUUCUUUUCUUUUCUUUAAUAAUAAUAAUAAUAAUAAUAAUAAUAAUUUACUUUUUCCAAAAUUAAAUUAUAUAAUAAUUAAUAAUAUGUAUGAGAUAAUAAUAUCAUUGAAUUCUCAAUAAAAUUAUUUAAAAAUAAAAAUAAUUAUGUAUUUAUUCAUUCAUCAUGAUUAUAAUGUAUAUUUUUUUAGUCAAUGAAUGAAUGAACAUCUUUAUAUCAAAUUAUUAUUAUUAUUUAAAAGUUAUAACUAUUGAUUUAAUAUACAUCUAGUACAUGCGCACUGUUACAUAUUAAAAAUGUUAGAAAUAUUAUUUCUAAAAAAUUGCGCCGAAUUAUGUGUUCGAGGCCACACACACAAUAUUAUUACCUUGUCCUCGAGUCAAUCACAAUUUUUGCGACGUCAAAAAAAUAAAUACUACAUACUAAAAUACAAGUUCAUUUGAAACAUUAAAUUGCUAUCACAAAAAUACUCUUUUUUGUUAAUUAAAUUUUUUUUUUUUUUUGUAUUUAUUAUUAAAAAAUGUGUUUUGUGACUGUCAAGUGAUGAAACAAACAUUAAACUGCAUUAAACUUUAACAAUUAAAUAUUAUAUUGGCAUGAGUACUGCA